CCUUUCACCUCUACGCAGGCCCUCGACUAGCCCUUUCGUCCUCUCCUCUCAGUCGUUGGUUUUGUGUGAGACUCCUCCCCCAUAUUCAUCUUUACACCUCGGUCGCCCUCACGACGACUCGCACCUAAUAUCCGGCCCUACUACCCUAAUUAAUUCGUCUUCUCUCAUUCGCAGUGAGUAGAACUCAGUUUACUUCACGCGCCGCUAUGGCCGAGUCAAACGCUGCCGCCGCGCCGGCCUUAAACACCAACAUCGAGUCUGGCAAAUUCGACGAGAAGGAGCGCCAACACGCCAAUCCCGUUCCCACUAAAGACAAGACUGAAGAGGAGGACGAGGAUGAAGACAUCGACGCACUGAUCGAAGAUCUCGAAUCCCAAGAUGGACACGGUGGUGUCGACGAGGAUGAAGAGGAGGAGACAACGCCUGGUGGUGGUCGUACCGUUCCCGAGGAGAUGCUCCAAACGGACACCCGUGUCGGUUUGACUGACGCCGAAGUCACCAACCGUCGACGCAAGUUCGGCUUGAAUCAGAUGAAAGAGGAGAAGGAGAACAUGAUCCUCAAGUUCUUCUCGUACUUCGUUGGUCCUAUCCAGUUCGUUAUGGAGGCUGCUGCCGUCCUGGCUGCUGGUCUCGAGGAUUGGGUCGAUUUCGGUGUCAUCUGCGGUCUCCUGCUCCUCAACGCUGCUGUUGGUUUCGUCCAAGAAUUCCAGGCUGGUUCGAUCGUGGACGAGUUGAAGAAGACUCUUGCUCUCAAGGCUGUCGUUCUCCGUGACGGAACUCUCAAGGAGAUUGAGGCCCCUGAGGUCGUCCCCGGUGACAUUCUCCAGAUCGAGGAGGGUACCAUUAUUCCUGCUGACGGUCGUAUUGUGACCGACGAUGCUUUCCUCCAGGUCGAUCAAUCUGCCAUCACUGGUGAAUCUCUUGCGGUCGACAAGCACAAGGGUGACCAAUGCUUUGCUUCGUCCGCUGUCAAGCGUGGUGAGGCCUUCAUGGUUGUUACUGCCACUGGUGACAACACAUUCGUCGGUCGUGCUGCUGCUCUCGUCAACCAAGCCAACUCCGGAACUGGUCACUUCACCGAGGUGCUCAACGGCAUUGGAACGGUGCUUUUGGUUCUCGUUAUCCUGACCAACUUGGUUGUCUGGGUGUCCUCCUUUUACCGAUCCAACCCCAUCGUCACAAUCCUCGAGUUCACUCUGGCCAUCACCAUUAUCGGUGUCCCCGUCGGUCUCCCUGCUGUUGUCACCACCACCAUGGCUGUCGGUGCCGCCUAUCUCGCUCGCAAGAAGGCCAUUGUCCAAAAGCUUUCCGCCAUUGAGUCCCUCGCUGGUGUCGAAAUUCUCUGCUCUGACAAGACCGGUACCUUGACCAAGAACAAGCUCUCUCUGGCUGAACCCUACACCGUCGCUGGUGUUGAUCCCGAGGACCUCAUGCUUACUGCCUGUCUCGCUGCUAGUCGCAAGAAGAAGGGUAUUGAUGCCAUUGACAAGGCGUUCCUCAAGUCUCUCAAGUACUACCCCCGCGCCAAGAGUGUCUUGUCCAAGUACGUCGUUCAGGAGUUCUUCCCCUUCGACCCCGUCUCCAAGAAGGUUACCGCCAUUGUCGUCUCUCCCCAGGGCGAGCGCAUUACUUGUGUCAAAGGUGCUCCUCUCUUUGUUCUGAAGACGGUCGAGGAAGACCACCCGAUCCCCGAGGAGGUUGACCAGGCCUACAAGAACAAGGUUGCUGAAUUCGCUACCCGUGGUUUCCGCUCUCUCGGUGUCGCCCGCAAGCGUGACGGUGGCUCCUGGGAGAUUCUCGGCAUCAUGCCUUGCUCCGACCCCCCUCGCCACGACACUGCCCGCACCAUCAACGAAGCCAAGGGUCUCGGUCUCUCCAUCAAGAUGCUUACUGGUGACGCUGUCGGUAUUGCUCGCGAAACCUCUCGUCAACUCGGUCUUGGUACCAACGUCUACAACGCUGAACGUCUCGGUCUCGGCGGCGGUGGUGACAUGCCCGGUUCUGAAGUUUACGAUUUCGUCGAGGCUGCCGAUGGUUUCGCUGAAGUCUUCCCCCAACACAAGUACAAUGUCGUCGAGAUUCUGCAACAGCGUGGUUACCUCGUUGCCAUGACUGGUGAUGGUGUCAACGAUGCCCCGUCCUUGAAGAAGGCUGACACUGGUAUUGCUGUCGAAGGCGCUUCCGAUGCUGCUCGAUCUGCUGCCGACAUUGUCUUCCUUGCUCCCGGUCUUGGUGCCAUCAUCGAUGCUCUUAAGACUUCCCGCCAGAUCUUCCACCGCAUGUACGCUUACGUCGUCUAUCGUAUCGCCCUUUCGAUCCAUCUUGAGAUCUACUUGGGUCUCUGGAUCGCCAUUCUGAACCGAUCGCUGAACAUUGAGCUUGUUGUAUUCAUCGCCAUCUUUGCUGAUGUUGCCACCCUGGCCAUUGCUUACGACAACGCACCCUUCUCCAAGACCCCAGUCAAGUGGAACCUGCCCAAGCUUUGGGGAAUGUCCGUCCUACUCGGUAUUGUCCUCGCUGUCGGCACGUGGAUUACUGUUACCACGAUGUACGCGAACGGUGACAAUGGUGGUAUCGUGCAGAACUUCGGUAACAUGGACGAGGUGGUCUUCCUCGAGGUCUCACUCACUGAGAACUGGCUCAUCUUCAUUACCCGUGCCAAUGGUCCCUUCUGGUCUUCCAUGCCUUCGUGGCAACUCUCUGGCGCUAUCCUGGUUGUCGACAUUCUCGCCACCUGCUUCUGUAUCUGGGGUUGGUUCCUUCCCGACAGCCAGCAGACUUCCAUCGUUGCUGUCGUUCGUAUCUGGAUCUUCUCCUUCGGUGUCUUCUGCGUUAUGGGUGGUGUCUACUACCUGCUCCAAGACAGCGUUGGUUUCGACAACAUGAUGCACGGCAAGUCGCCCAAGGGCAACCAGAAGCAACGCUCUCUGGAGGAUUUCGUCGUUUCGCUCCAGCGCGUCUCCACCCAGCACGAGAAGUCCCAGUAGACUGCCCAUGGCCGGGCGAGUGCAACGCCGAAUUCUGGCCAGCACUUGGGAAAAAGAAAUUCUUGACUGUCACAUACUCUGGCAUCUCGAGGUAACUUGAUCUCACGAACGCCUUGGAUGAGUGUGCAUUAUUCUUUUGCCUAGCAUGUAUGAUGAGUCGGACGUGUACCCGGUUAAUCGCCGGUUCAUGAUGAAUCCUGGGGUAUACCCAACCUACUAGUCUUCUACUUCACUGCAUAGACCUAAUACAAAAACGUAAAAUAAUUACUGCGAUG